AUGGCGGAUGAUGAAGAGCGCAUCAAGGCUGAGAAGCUAGCUGCCGCGAAGAAAAGGGUAGCCCAGCUCCAAAAACAGAAAAAGAAAGCAAACAAGAAAGCCGCCAGCGUCGAUACCUCCAAAGAUACCACCCCCGCUGCUGCUGCUGCCGAGUCCUCAGAACCAGCCAAGGAAGAUGCGCCCGCGGCGUCAUCUCCGGAGCCUGCGCCUGCACCGGCUACAGAAAAGGAGGGAGGGGAGGAAGGUGCUAGUGCUGCGCCGGAGGUAGAGGAGACACAGACAGAGAAGGCGACAGAGCCAGAACCGAAGACAGAAGCUCCAGCCGAAACCACCACAUCGGAGGAGAAAGCAGAAAAGAGCGAAGACAAUGAACAAGAACAACCCCAAGAGGAGAAGAAGGAAACCGAAGUCCCCGCAGCAGAAGAAGAAGAGACCGAGCCUAUGCCCGACGCGCCCACGUCGCCUGGUCCUGAAACCCCCGCGCAACCCGCCGUGAAGCCCGAGUCAUCCGGAAGAGCGUCAGCGCACGGUAGACAGCCCUCUCUAUCUAUUCAGUCGAAGAUGCGGUCCUCGUCGUUCCGGAAGGGGUCCGUGUCGCAGGGGAGCAGUGGGUCUCCGUCGCCGGCGGCGAGUGCGAUGCUGAAGUCGCCUUCGUUGCCGCCGUUAAGUGCGGAUGGUGAGGCGGUGCAGGAGGUGUAUCGAAAGCAGUCAACGCGGAUUGAGGAGUUGGAGAAGGAUAAUAAGCGGUUGGAGAAGGAGUUGGAGGAGGGGAAGGGACGGUGGAAGAAGACGGAGGAGCAGUUGGAGGAUCUCCGGGAGGCUAGUGUGGAUGUUGCGGAGUUGAAGGUGAAGUUGCAGGAUGCGGAGGCGAAGGUGGGGGAGAUUGAGGAGUUGAAAGCAGAGAUCGCAUCCCUGCAGAGACAAAACUCACAUCUACAAACCCGCACGCAUCGGAGCACCGCCAGCGUCUCUGUGCCCGGCCCAUCGGAGUCUCCCCCAGCGGACCUGGUGCAGCAAUUAGAAUCCAAGUCUGCGACGAUCGAAGCGAUGGAAUUGGAAAUCUCAAACCUGCGCGCACAGCUUGCCUCAAGCAGCGCACACGAGGCCCAAAUAGCAGCCCUCGAAGAGAAGCUCUCCGGCAGCGAAUCCGCGCUCGAGAAGGCCCAGCGCGAGCUAACCGACACCAAGAGCGCGCUGACCCGCGCCUCAGAAAAGGCCGUCAAAGAGGGCGUGGACAAGACCUCCACAGAGACACUAAUCAAGAACCUCCAGCGCGAGCUCGAAGAGCUCAAACAAGAGAAGACCACAACAGACAGAAAAGCCGAGACCCUCGAAAAGAAGCUCGAAGCCAUGGGCAACCUACACAAGGAAUCCGAAGCCCGGCAUCAAACCCGUCUGCGCGAGACCGAAAAGAUCGAAAAAGAAGCCUCAGUCCUCCGCAAACGACUCGCAGACGUAGAGAACGAGAACCUCCGCCUCAAAGAAGAACAAGAAUCCCUCCGUAAACGACACGCCACCGACCACGGCAGCGCCGGCGCCGACGACGACGCCCUCGAUGAACUCGAAGACGAAGAACGCUCCCGUCUGCACCGCCGCAUCCGCGACCUCGAAGGCGAAGUCUUCGACCUCCGCCGCGGCGUCUGGAAAGAACGUCGCGAGGAACUUGACCAUGCCCAUCACCUCCACUCCCCAGAUACCUCCUUCCCCCAUGCAUCCUCACCAUCUGCCACCGCCGCAGCAGCAGCAAACACCUUCGACGACGUCGACCUCAUCGGCGGAACUCCCGACCACGCCCGUCGUCGCAGCAUGGCCGCCAACAAUCACAAGUCCCAACAGCAACAACACUCCUCCUUCUCCACAGUCCUAUCCUCCGGACUCGCCGCCUUCACUGGCGGAAACACCUUCUACGGCGGAGCCAGUGGUAGCGGUAGCGGUAGUGGUAGUGCUACCCGCGGCCGCGCUUCCUCAAACCAGCAACACCAUCAGCCCGCCACACGGGGCAGUCUGGAGCUCCUCUCCGAGGAGAACUUCGAAGAUGAGUUCGACGAGGCGGAGUUUGCGCGCGCGCAGGCUGAAGAGGAGGCGCGGAAGAGGGUGGAAUGGGUGCGCGAGAUUAAGAGGAAGCUUAGGGAUUGGCAUGGUUGGCGGUUGGAUUUGGUGGAUAGUAGGGCUGGCGCUGAGGGGGCGGGGGUGGGCAUGGGGGAGAUUUUUCAGAUUUAG